GGGCGCUCUGCGCAUGCGUGCUUAGGAGGGGGCGGGGUUCCUUGGCCCGUGACCGGAGAGAGGGCGCAGCUGCUCCAGGCCAAGCCUUUAUGCCGGAAGUCUUCGACUUGACCCCCUUCCUGUACAUGACCUCUCCUGCUGCCUAGGCAGCCCAAGAUCCAAAGAGAGACAGCAGAUGCCCUGUCUGGCCCCAUCUGGCCGUGGUGUCAGAAGCUGAGAUGGCAAGUGAAGUCGGUCCUGAGAGUGAAGAGGCGGCCCCCUCACCCCGAGGAGGGUUUGGGGAAGGCCUGGCCCAGGCCCUGGAGGCUUCACUCCCCAGACUCUCCUACCUGGACCUGGACAAGGACGUGGAGUUCAGAAAUGAGCUGAUCGACGACAAGGAGUUUGAUAUCCCUCAGGUGGACACCCCUCCCACCCUAGAAAGCAUACUCAAUGAGACCGAUGAUGAAGAUGAGCCCUUUGUUCUGGAGGAUCCCACUCUGUUAAAUAUUGACACUUUUGACACCCACUCCUAUGACACGUCAUCAGUGGCAAGCUCAGACAGUGGUGACCGAACCAAUCUGAAAAGGAAGAAGAAACUUCUUGACUCUUUUUCAGUCCAUGGCUCAGUCAUGCGGCAUUCGCUUCUGAAGGGAAUCUCAGCCCAGAUUGUCUCGGCAGCUGACAAAGUCGAUGCUGGUUUGCCCACUGCAAUAGCUGUGUCCCGUCUGAUUGCAGUGGGAACUUCUCAUGGAUUGGCCUUAAUCUUCGGAAAAGAUCAGAACCAGGCCCUGCGCCUCUGCCUGGGCAGCACCAGCGUCGGGGGACAGUACGGGGCCAUCUCUGCUCUCAGCAUCAACCAUGACUGCUCGAGACUUCUCUGUGGCUUUGCCAAGGGCCAGAUGACCAUGUGGGACUUGGCCAGCGGGAAGCUCUUGAGAUCCAUAACAGAUGCUCACCCCCCAGGCACAGCAAUUCUGCACAUUAAGUUUACAGAUGACCCGACUCUUGCCAUUUGCAAUGACAGCGGAGGUUCUGUGUUUGAGCUGACAUUUAAGCGAGUGAUGGGAGUGAGAACCUGUGAAUCCCGGUGUCUGUUCAGUGGGUCCAAGGGGGAAGUUUGCUGUAUCGAGCCUCUUCAUUCCAAGGCCGAGCUCAAGGAUCAUCCCAUCACUCAGUUUUCCUUACUGGCCAUGGCAUCCUUAACUAAAAUAUUGGUCAUUGGACUGAAACCAUCUCUGAAAGUGUGGAUGACUUUUCCCUAUGGACGGAUGGAUCCCUCCAGUGUCCCGCUGCUGGCCUGGCAUUUUGUGGCAGCCAAUAAUUACGUGAACCCCACAUUGGCCUUUUGCAGAGGAGACGUCGUUCACUUUCUGUUGGUUAAAAGAGAUGAAUCAGGUGCCAUACACGUCACUAAACAAAAGCAUCUGCACCUGUACUAUGACCUCAUCAACUUCACUUGGAUCAAUUCUCGCACGAUCGUGCUCCUGGACAGCGUGGAGAAGCUGCACGUGAUUGAUCGGCUGACGCAGGAGGAGCUCGAGACGGUGGAAAUGUCCGAGGUGCAGCUGGUCUACAACAGCAGCCAUUUCAAGUCCCUGGCCACGGGAGGCAACGUCAGCCAGGCCCUGGCUCUUGUUGGAGAGAAAGCCUGUUAUCAGUCCAUCAGUAGUUAUGGCGGUCAGAUCUUUUAUUUAGGGACAAAAUCUGUUUAUGUGAUGACGUUGAGGAGCUGGAGAGAGAGAGUGGAUCAUCUCCUGAAGCAAGAGUGUCUGACAGAGGCCCUGGCUCUCGCCUGGUCUUUCCAUGAAGGGAAGGCCAAAGCUGUCGUUGGCUUGUCGGGGGAUGCGAGCAAACGGAAGGCCAUUGUUGCCGAUCGGAUGGUUGAAAUCCUCUUCCACUGUGCAGACCGAGCUUUGAAAAAAUGCCCAGACCAGGGUAAAAUCCAGGUGAUGGAGCAGCAUUUUCAGGACACGGUGCCAGUUGUUGUCGAUUACUGCCUUCGGCUGCAGCGCAGGGAUCUUUUAUUUAGCCAGAUGUAUGACAAGUUCAGUGAGAAUUCCGUGGCCAAGGGGGUCUUCUUGGAGUGCCUGGAGCCUUACAUUUUAAGUGACCAACUGGUGGGAAUCACAGCCCAGGUGAUGAAGGAUUUGCUCAUUCACUUCCAAGAUAAAAAGCUGAUGGAAAAUGUGGAGGCCCUGAUCGUGCAUAUGGACAUCACCAGCCUGGACAUACAACAGGAUUUCUCUGGCUUGGUCACUGCCUUCAGAUCCAGGGUCAUCUGCUCCUUUUCGCAGGUCGUUCUCAUGUGCUGGGAGAAUCGCCUCUAUGAUGCCAUGAUCUACGUCUACAACAGGGGCAUGAAUGAAUUCAUCAGUCCAAUGGAGAAACUUUUCAAGGUCAUUGCUCCUCCUCUGAGUGCAGGAAAGUCUCUGACAGAUGAACAGGUUAUUAUGGGCAACAAGCUUCUGGUCUACAUAAGCUGCUGCCUGGCAGGUCGUGCUUAUCCCCUGGGGGACAUCCCUGAAGACCUGGUGCCCUUGGUUAAAAACCAGGUCUUUGAGUUUCUGAUCCGCCUGCAUUCUGCGGAGGCCUCCUCUGAGGAAGAGAUCUACCCCUAUAUCUGUACUUUGCUUCACUUCGAUACCAGGGAAUUCCUGAACGUCCUUGCCCUGACUUUUGAAGAUUUUAAAAAUGACAAGCAAGCUCUGGAAUACCAGCAGCGGAUCGUGGACAUCUUGCUGAAGGUCAUGGUGGAAAAUUCAGAUUUCACUCCUUCCCAAGUCGGGUGCCUCUUCACCUUCCUUGCCCGACAGCUCGCCAAGCCCGACAACACGCUCUUUGUGAACAGGACGCUGUUUGACCAGGUUCUCGAGUUCCUCUGCAGCCCUGAUGACGACUCUCGGCACGCGGAGAGGCAGCAGGUCCUCCUCGAAUUGCUCCAGGCUGGAGGGAUUGUGCAGUUUGAGGAGAGCCGGCUCAUCCGGAUGGCAGAGAGAGCCGAGUUCUACCAGAUUUGUGAGUUUAUGUAUGAACGAGAACACCAGUAUGACAGGAUUAUUGACUGCUACCUCCGGGACCCGCUGAGAGAGGAAGAGGUGUUUAACUACAUUCAUAACAUCCUGUCCAUUCCUGGGCACAGCCCAGAGGAGAAGCAGUCCGUGUGGCAGAAGGCCAUGCUGCACAUUGAGGAGCUUGUGGCUCUGAAUCCCUGCAAGGCAGCAGAGCUGGUGGCCACCCACUUCUCUGGGCAGGUUGAGGCCAUCAUUCACAAACUCCAGAAUCCAUUUCUGCUUUUCCAGUUUCUGAGGAGCCUGCUUGACCCGAGGGCUGUUACUCACAGGGAGAUUCCCAGAGGAAUGGACGAGAUAGAUGUGACAUGCCACGUGUUGGCAAAAGCACCGCAGUGCAGCAGGGAAGGUAUUUCCAUGAACCAAGAGUCGCUCCAGGCAUCUCCUUACAUCACAGAGCAGUUCAUUGACUUGUUAUGUCAAUAUAACCCUCACCAAGUGAUUGACACACUGCAAGUCCUCGAGUCCUACCGGCUGGAAGAGACCAUUCAGAUUACCCAGAAGUACCAGCUGCUUGAAGUGUGUGCCUACCUCUUAGAGAAGAAAGGGGAUGUUCACGGUGCUUUCUUAAUAAUGCUUGAGAGACUACAAAGCAGACUCCAGGAGUUUACAAAGGAAAGUGAAAAUGUGAGAGAGGACCCCUCAUUCAAGGACGUGGAAGAGAUCUUGGUAGAGACAAUCGCCCUGUGCCAAAGGAAUUCACAGAGUCUGAACCAGCAACAGCGAGAGGCUCUCUGGUUUCCACUGUUGGAGGCAAUGAUGGCCCCCCAGAAGCUGUCCAGCUCGUCCGCUCCACCUCGACACGCAGAAUCUCUGAAGUCUCUGACCAUGCAGGUGCUGGACAGCACGGCGGCCUUCAUCGCUCUGCCGUCCAUCUUGCAGCGAAUCCUCCAAGAUCCAGUUUAUGGAAGAGGAAGGCUCGGCGAGAUCCAAGGACUCAUCCUGGGAAUGCUGGACACCUUUAACUACGAACAAACACUCCUGGAAACGACCACCAACCUCCUGAACCACGACCUCCACUGGUCACUCUGUAACCUGAGGGCGUCGGUCACCCGAGGGUUAAACCCCAAGCAGGAUUACUGCUGCAUCUGCCUGCAGCAGUACAGGCGGCGCCAGGAGGUAGCUGAUGACAUCGUAGUCUUCAGCUGUGGCCACCUCUAUCACUCCUUGUGCCUGCUCAACAAAGAGUGCACCGUGGGGACGGGGAGCCAGGCCAGGUGGAUGUGCUACCGGUGCAAUUCAAGCAACAAGAUAGGGAAGCUUGGUGAGAACGCCUCUGAUGUGAAGAAAGGACAGCUCGCCCAGGCGCAGGUGAAAACGUCUCCUUCCUGCUCUUCACCCCGAGGAGAUUCUGCUGCCAAAAAGACCCCAUCAGAACCAGGACUGGAUCCCCAGCAGACCCAGGCUUUCGACCAGCUCUGCCGUCUUUACCGGGGAACCUCCAGGCUGGCGCUCCUGACUGAGCUCUCUCAGAACCAAAGCAGUGACAGUCACCGGCUGCUGGGGAUCUCCAAGAGCAGCCCCACCCUCCACAGUGUCUUCCAGAAUGAGAACUUCCAGCUGCACCUGACCCCUCCUCCACUGACUGAGGACUGAGGACGUCCCGUCCCGGGCCACCGAGAAAGCGCCUCGAAGGAUCCCCAGCGCCCCAUCACCUCCACCUGGGCUGCGAGGCCCAGGCCCUACAGAGACCACCCUCAUCCCUCCUAUGCCGGCCUUGACUCACCGGUUCUGUCUGUUGUUGCUACUCGCCGUCAUACAUCUCCCGCCGCAUUCCUUGGAACGGAUGGAUCGGCAUGAGACCCCAGCUCCCCACAACGUUCUCCUCCCAUCGGAGAUUCCUGCUCCAGGUCUAGGGUGUCCUCGUGUGUCCUGGGGGCUGCCCGCCGACGAGACCCAGAACUGCCCCCG